AUGAGACUUAUUUCUUUAGCAACGAGAACUGUGUUUCACAGAAUGAAGUGCUUCGUGACGCUUCACACGGUUCCUCUGAUUGAGCAACACAGGUUGUAUUGCUCUACACAUGUUUUGCAGUUUGAUAUGAAACAAUACGAAAUGGAAAAGCGUCGGAAGCGGGAAAUGGAGCGGGCGGGGGUUAGCGAUGAUGAAGACGACGCGCCGUGGAUUGCUCCAGAGGAACAACAGCGGAUUGACGAAGAGCAACAACAGCGUGACAAAGAGGAGGCAGAACGUGUUCGUGAGAUGCUCGAACGCCGGGAGCAAGAGGACAUUAUUAAGCGCAAGAAGUUCAAGGAAUUCCGCGCAAAGCAACUAGCAAUGAGCAAGAACCGCAAAGAAGCUGCCGCAGCCGCUAAGCAACAGCAGAGAGGUGGCAGUCGAGUAGUGGAGGAACUCGUGGACGACACGUCUAAUACAACCGGGGCACCACCACUAUCCACUGCUGGAUCUGCUGAAAACGACGCGACUCAUGGGGCACCACACGAGAGUGGCGUGCGAUAA